AAAUACGCCAGACUAACUGAGAUGGACGUGCAGGAGGAGUUUCAACGACUGUACACUCAGCUUGGACAGUUGAAAGAGAAGAACAUGAGACUAGGGAACAGACAUUUGGCAGCUAAAAUCACUGCAAUGCAAGAAGCAGCCAAAAAGAAUUACAAUGACACAAUGCGUGAAGAACAAACACCCAGUGGCAAUAUGGCCGCUGAUCAUUUGAAGCUGAACAAUGUGUUGGCUGUUGUCACUGACAAGAUAGUGUGUGCUACUGUGAUAUCAGAUGCCACAAACAAGACGAGAAGCCCUCCAAAAUCAAAAUGUGGUUCAAUUGUUUCUAGUCCCGACUCUGAAACUCCCCUUCAUGAGAUAUUAUCGCCGUCAUCGCUUCGAAUCGGAGUUUCCAGCUUGAGCAAGUCUGCGAAUGACGUAGGAGGGCCUCGUUCGGAGACGAAUGGCAGAAGCCUCUCAGAAGAUUCAUCUGCGAGUGACCGGCAGUUGCGGGGUCAUAAAGGGAAGGACAGUGAAGGUGUCGGUGACGCUGGUUUCGGACAAGUGGAUCUCGAAAUGAGCAACGAAGCAAACAUUCCAGCUGCUGCAAUUGUUCAUGUCCACGAAUUGAUAAAAAAAAAAAAGGAAAGGAGGACUUAUGACCCGCUCGCCAGAGACAAGCUAAUUGUAGGCAGGGGACUGUUGUUGACGUCACAGUUCGAUUUGUCGACAGUGAAUCACGGGAGAAGAAAUUGAUUCGAGGCUACCUUGGAUGUUUGAUGCACAGAAUGCAGGAUACAGAGAACGAAGUGGACGUACAAGAACUUGGAAAUGUGAAAUGGGAGAUCGGUAAGAAUGUGAUGUACAAAGGAAUCGAUGAAAAGAUGUAGAACAAUUCGUAGGAGAGGUGUGAAAUUGUCAGCACAUAGAAGAAGAGAACCAGACACCGUGUGAGGAGGAGAAAACGAAACGGACAAAGAUUGUGAUAAGAAGGAAAGAAGAACAGUAGCACUUACUAUUCGUUUGAGUUCCGCAAAUUAUUCUUGCGAUCGUUGUGUGAAUGGUCCAGAGAACUCUGCAGCACCAGCUUCGGAUUCACUCUUUGUCUUCUACUUCAGACACCUUCUUGAGGUAACAGCGAAACAUGGAGAAUGCCCUGUCCUUCAUAACCACCGCCGCGUGUCUCAUCUGACGAAAGCUGUCACUACAGAGGAUUCAGUGAAGGUACACGACAUAAACUGCUCAUCCUUCACGAGUUUUUCAUUUAUAUUCACAGCAAUCAGACUGAACUAGCCACAGAAGUAGAUUCGUUGUCGUUAAAUAAUUAAACAAGCAUCAUUCUUGAUUCACUUUUCACUCGCCGUACGAUGUUAACCACUACACAUGAUAAAGCGCCGUUAAACAUAACCCACAGAGAUGCGUUAUUAUCUGCCCUCGGCUCCGUAGUGAGGCAAAGUGUCACUUAUGGAAAGCCAGGCGGAAAGUUCCGUGACGUGAGUCCGUAUUGCAAGGCCCAAGACCUCCUAAUUGCAUGCCUGUAAUCUUAUCUUUGUGUAUCAUUCAGUCCACGUUAUCUGCAGUGCAGUAUUACACACCUAACACCAGAUACAAAAAAAAAGGUUUCAGUUAGAACGUCGUGACUAAGUUUGUGUUAACACCACCGGUGUAAUCGAAUCCCACCGCUGGACACGAUCCUGAGCCAGUUCAAUCCAUCAUUCAUACAAGCUAUUUCCCUGGGAUCAGUUUUCACAUCGUCCUGGAUUGAGCACAUUCGAGUAUCGACAAUGCUUCAAACCGGCGGUCGGCAUUGGCUAUUGGUUCUUUGUUGAGGGCCGCAGAAAGAUGAUGAUAAGCGAGAUUGUUCUUUUCUUUUAACUUAAAGGCUAAAGGGGGAAAGCUGCAUUUCUCCAUACAACUAAGUUUAUCGUAAAGCCUUUCUUUGUUAACUCAUUGUUUCUGAGUGUCGGCAGAAAGAGUUGUCAUGGAGCCGUGGUUCACCCCGAUAUGAUCGAUGCGUAGCAGACUGCGGAAUUGCUGUCAUAGGGUCAGCAGGUUUCUAAAGAGUGGCCGCUUGCUGGGAUUAGCAUUGGACCUGUAGCAAGUUGAUGCCGCUCGGCGGAAAACUUCAAAGGUUAAAGCAGGAAAUACCGAAUCACUCCCCACAUUUUCCGUUACUGGUUUUACUUUCCCAGUUGAAACAGGUUCUGUAGGCAUAAAUGGGGGAUUAUUCUGCUUCCAAACACUAGUUUCACUUUAAAAAUGCACGAACUUCCUAACGCAGAUCCCCUUUUUCACAAGCUAAUAGUCGCUAAGCUAGUCAAAUUCCGUACCUUGUAUGAAACACGCGGCUUCUUUACCUUAGAUAACGAACCUACCAUGUUCAUAAAAGUCUUACUUUAUUUUCCUCGUACCGUUAAGGCAAAUUCCCUGCUAGAACUUUAAAUAAGCCACGACUCUUCUUCCGCACCCUUUCAAAUCAAAAUUCGUUAAACGGUGUAUAGUCUGGCACAAAGUGUUUUUAAAGCAUUAACAGUGUUGUUUGUAUGCAUGAUUUAUAUAUUUUAUAUAAGUCAUAUGGUAGUUGAUGUUGUUACCGGCUGGGCUGUUGGAAGUAGUUUAGACCGUGGUUUAAUACUACCGUUUCUCACCAGAUGGUUCUAGCAAUACGUGGAUGACGUCAUACUCCAUUAUGUUGCCAACAUUAACAUGCAGUUCCCGAGUUAUGUGUUAUAUGGUGGUUAAGUACUGAGAUAGGUAGAUUAUCUGCGUUUAGAACAUUCCAAAAUCUAGAGUAUCGUAAUUCCUUUAGCAGCACCAAGUCAGUGGAAAUCGUGCACUACGCAAACACACUGUUCAAGCUCGCUUGUUCUCGUAUGUGCCUUGGCAAUCCAUACUACCGUUAUUUCAAAGAUGGAAGUAGCUCGGUACUAGAAGGUCUGAAAGUUAUUUGUUGGCCAUAUUUGGUGUUUUCCCUGUUAUAAAUGUGUAGUUCGACGUGAAUUCAUCUUUAUUAACAUAUAUUGUAGGUAUGUAAUUUGUUGUAUUGACGAAUAUUUCUGUUUAUUUAAGUUGGAAUGCAAUAUGUCGGAAUGUAUGAUUUUACAUUGAACUAUUUAAAUUACGGCGAUGUUACUUGAAAAUGACAGGAUUGCGACAUUGGACAAUUUGCAGAAUGAGAUUCGCACAAAAAACUUUUCUAUUGAUACUAGUGAUAAUUUCACGCCAUGUUUUCAAGUUUUUAAUGUCAUCAGCGGUACAACUAUGUUGAGCACCCACAAGUUUAUUGGUUCAUCAGUAGCCUGCUUUUAGCAGAAUACCCACAAAUUUCUUUAUAGUUGGUUUUCCAAGCUUUGAGUUUUCUCUUUCUAAGCUUGAUGUUAUUGUUUUUGUCGUUGAGGAAGUUUGGAGCAAAAAUUUGACCAGUUGCUGCUUGUCUUCUGUAAUUGCCCCAUUGUAGUGACAAUCAUUCAGUAUUUACUUUCACUCUUUUAAAUUGGUAUCAUUACAGUUUGUAUUAAUGUUCUGGGUUGAAGAGUAGUCCUUUAUAAAUGUUUUUAAUAAAUUUGCAGCCAGCAGACAAAAUCAUUUUUUGUAUCGUGUGCAUAUUUCAAUAUUUGUUAGAGAGGAUUGUGAACCUGUAAAUUACCUGUAUAAUCAUUCAUUAACUAUAGACAUUUUUCUAGUCAGGUGUAAUGUUAAUUGUGAAACUGCUGUACAGCAAAGGAGGCAAGUCAAACUAAAUUAUACACCAAUUAAGUUUUCGCAGACAGAAUUAUGUAAAAGACCAUUUUACCUAAUUGCUUCUACCAUACUACAUGGCGCAAUAACACAGAAGACAGCCAUCUUUAAAUCUCUUUAAUUACAAGGGAAUGUGUUAAUGACGGUUUAUUAAAUAUUGAUGUAAUGUAUGGUCUGAAGCUUUCAUGGUGACUAAGUAUAAUGACUUCUUCUUGGGCUCCCAACCAUGUAAGGUGUUUCCUUCAAUAAACUACCUGAACAUGAAGCCAGCAUGCACAAUAACAACAAAGAGGCAGACUCAUAAAGGUAUGGUGCAGUAUCUUAACGGCCAUACAAAAUAUAAUGUGUUCUUCCCCUAACACAAGACCAAGUGUCACACACGUGCAGAACAGUUGAAACAAUUUUAGUUUCGUGUAUUUUGAACUCUACAUUUUCAGAUAGCAUAAGGAAGACUGAGUAAACAGUCCCUGAAUUUAGUCUGCUCUUAAUUUCCUUGUGAAUGGAAUUCUGGUUUUUCUACUGUUUCCAAAUAUUUGAACUUUGCUCCACUUUAUUUACCUUUGUAAUGUUUUAUAAUUUUUGACAGUGUCCAUAUGUCAUUGUACCGUUCCGUAUUUUCUUAUUUGACAAGUAUGAAGUAUACCAACAUGAAACUGCCAUAUGUAUUCAUUGACUGACUAAAAUUGUCUACUAUUGGUACCUUGAAAUUUAAUGUUCAUAAUAGCAGUGACUUUUUAAUUGCAUAUUAAAAGUUUUGGUGCAUAAAAUUCUUACAUUUUGUUGUGUUAAAUGUGUGACAUCUGGUUUUUCUAAAAAUAUCAUAUUAGCUUCCCUGGUUGUCAGUGGUUAGGUUCAGUCCAUAUUUGUGAUUUGUGUAAAUUAUAAACAGAAAAAAUAUUGUUUGUGUAUAGAUGAA